UGAAAGGAAGAAUUCUUCGGUCGAAUAUGAGAUGUCUGGAGUCUGCAGAAGUUACAUACUAUCGAGGAAAUGAUCUUCGACCAUCUACGGGUAUUGUUCUGAAGAAUGUCGGAAAAUCGAUGGUGCGAAUUCUAGACAUCGAUGACUUAAGUACACACAGUCGACAUGUAGAUCAAAUACAAUUUCAGGAACCAGGUGAGUCAGUUCCAAUUUCGAUUGUUAAUUCUAAUGCUAAUGAGCAUAUUCUAGAUAAUACAGAAUCCUUAUCCAAUACAAUGUCAGACAGACUCAGGAUGAAUUUGAGAAGAAGACGUACGAUUGAUUACAAACACCUAGACUCCAAUUUAAGCUGUGGCGGAUGUGGUGUUUGAAU